AUGGAGAACAGCGCGAGUACCAGAACGAGCGGCACGCACAUGGAGUUCGAUGAAAACAGCGGCAGGACGCUGAGCCAGCCUGGCCCGUGGUACGAAGUUCUCAAAGAAAGAAAAAGCCAGAAAACAGCGGAUGAGAACCGCAUAAAAGGAAACAGCAAGGCGAACAGCGCCCAGAAUCUAAAAGAAGAGACGAGUGGGCUGACCAACCCAAAGAUGCAACCGACCACCAACCAACUGCAGCAACAGCGACGCGGGGACCGAAGAACCCGCGGAGGCAACAACACGCCACCAAGGAAACGCAUGUUGCCACCAUUACCAGAGGAUGAAUACAAGGUAGUAUACAGACCAAGAACGGGCCUCAAGCUUUCUUCGUGGUCUGAUAAAAGCCUCACGCAAGGCAUCGCCACAGCAGGCGGUUUUCCAUUCAAAGACUUCUACUCGAAUGUGACGAUCCAGACGCAAUGGGCUCAGAACUUGAUCAUCGCAAGUACUGCGGAUGAGGACUACGCCAUGAAGCUGAGCAUGAUCACCCAGAUACAGCUAGGCGCGGCCUUGUACGAACUCAUGCCUUACCUAAAACCGCUCCCGGGCACCGUACGAGGAGUGGUGCACGGAAUAGAAGCAGGAACAACAGAAGAGGAACUUAAAGAACUUAUCUCAGUCAACGGCUACAGCAUUCCGCACGCAAGAAUGCUCGGAAAAUCCAGCUCGGCGCUACUCACGUUUGAGGGACCGCACGUGCCAUUCUACGUGAAAGCGGGUAGCGUGUUCACCCGAUGCCGGCCCCACCGCAGAUCCGUGCAGUACUGCAGAGCCUGCGGGAAUGUCGGCCACAGACAGGACGUCUGCCCCAACCCGGACACAAACAGGUGCAACCGAUGCGGAGCGGAAAAUCCUCAAGACAAUCACGAGUGUCAGCCUAAGUGCAAGCUGUGCUACCAACCCCACGAAACGGCAAGCAAGGAAUGCCAGAAACGACUCAAACCAAGUCCCCCACCGUUACACGUGAGGGAAAGAAGCAAAUCGCAAACUAAACAAGCCGCUUGGACGGGAGUUGCAAACGACCGCCCUUUCGAGCAGCAGCAACGGACGUCAUUGCCGCAGGACAGAGUGAAAACAACGAAAAAAAAAGCGAAGGCUAGGGAACAGGCCCUAGAGCAGAAACUGCAACAGUUUAUAGAGCAGAUGCAGAAACAGCAGCAACAACUGCCGCAAAUACCGCCGCGAGCUCCGACACCUCUGCCGGAGGACCUCGAACAAAAAAUGGAAUAUCACAUAAACAAAUUAGAUGAGAGGAUCGAUCAGAAGAUUGAUCAGACAAUGAGCCAGAUGACAAAAGCGGUUGAACAUAAAAUGAACAAAAUGAUGGAAACCGUGAAUAAGGUCUUUGAAAACGUUAAUCCAACCAUCAUCCAAAUGAGUACGACCCUCAACGCCAAGAUUGAUCGAAUGGGGGAGACCCUCAAUGCCCAGAUGGGCAAGAUGGGUGAUGAGCUCAACCAACGUAUUUCCGACCUUGAGAAGGAAAGGGAACAAGCCCGAAAAAAGCCGAAAACGUCGCCAGGAGGAGAUGCGCUGACAGAAGAAACGAUCAGAACCCACAAUGGAGACCUUCAUCAACCGGAUAUCAUCGCGCUACAAGAAACAGAAACAGACACCAUAAAGAUACGGGGCUACGAGACACACAUAGCCGAAGGAAGAAACCGGACAGCCAUCCUCACCAAGAAACACCACACAACACAACAACACCAAAUCAGCCACAGAAUUGAGCACACUUUGAUAGAGAUGAUACCACAAAAGAAGACAUUACAGAGUCUAUUUAUCCUGAAUGUUUACAGCCCGCCCUCGGACAACCUAAGGGACUUGGACAAGUUCCUGAGGGAGGUAAAGAAAGUUACCAAAGGGCAGAAGAUACUCGUAGUUGGGGACUUCAACGCACCGCAUGUAGCCUGGGGAUACCACAAAACCAACAAGAAGGGCACGGAUGAAUUCGAUCACUAUAUAAUUCAAACCGAACUCCGACACAACAAGACUCCAUUGAGAACGGGACAAGCGAAGAUCACGGACUGGACCGCGUUCCGAAAGGUGGAACACCCAGCGGACAUGGACGAUAUUGAAGAAUGGACCAGGCAAGUGAUGGAAGAGGUAACCAAGCACACCAAGACGAUACAACUCACUUCGGACAACCCUGAAGUUGACCCGCACUUACUCCACCUCUGGGAGGCCCGACAGGGCCUCCUAAAAAGAUGGAAGAAACAAAAGAGAAACCGCAAGCUCAAGGUCCGCAUUGCCCUGUUGACCAGGGAAGCUGAGGAGUACGCAGAGAAACUCGGAAUACAAAACUGGAAUCAGCAAUGCGACCGGCUACAGGGUACCCUGAGCAAACGCAAAACAUGGGCAAUACUUAGGUCGCUGCUGGCAAAGACGGAGUCAAAGAAGGUCACGUGCCAACAUAUUCAACGCCUCAUCCACAACUAUCAGGGUUCAGAGGAAGACGUGCUCGAAGCCAUCACUGAAAAAUACAUUGGCAACCAACAACAACAGAAGACGACGAUCACUCACCUGGACUACGAGGGAAUAUCCAACCCAGAGUUGGAUCAACCCUUCAGCAGGGCAGAGAUAGUGGCGGCGCUCAGGAACUUGACGAGAAACACGACCCCAGGAAGGGACAGAGUUAACAACAAGACGCUCCGUAACCUAGACGACAGAGCCACGGAGUGUCUCCUUAAGCACAUCAAUGAGAGCUGGGAGACCGGGAAGAUACCGGCAUGCUGGAAACACGCGGAUGUGACAAUGAUCCCAAAACCGGGCAAACCGAUCACUGUGCAGAACCUGAGACCAAUAUCCCUCACAUCGUGUGUGGGGAAGCUAUUCGAGCACAUGGUACACAACAGACUAUCCCCGUAUCUCGAGGAGAACGAAUUCCUCCCUAACACGAUGUUUGGAUUCAGACCUCUUCUAUCGACCCAAGACAUCCUUCUUCAACUCAAAGAGGAUGUAAUAGACAACCUCAGCACGCAGCACAAGAGCGCAAUUCUAGCAUUGGACAUCAAAGGGGCGUUUGACAACAUCUCCCACAGUGCGGUGCUAGACAGCUUACAAAGGACAAACUGCGGCCAAAAGACUUACAAUUUCGUCCGUGACUUUCUCACAGACCGGACAGCGACCAUAGGCCUGGGAAACCUAAGGACCGAACAGAUCAAGGCUCCACAAAAGGGAACCCCUCAGGGAUCGGUGAUCUCACCGUUGCUUUUCAAUAUUGCAAUGAGGGGUCUACCGCUCCUUCUAAAAGACAUUAAAGGUCUCAGCCAUGCAAUCUACGCGGACGACCUUACCAUAUGGACGACGUCGGGGUCGGCAGGAAUGCAGCAAGACGCUCUGCAAGAAGCGGUGAACAGGACCGAGAGAUAUUUGAAAAAUUGUGGUCUCUCGUGCGCUCCGGAUAAAUCGCAACUUUUGGUGCUAAAAAAGAGGGCGAGAGGUCGUCCUCCACCGGAAACACCAGACCCCGUACUAACUCUACAUGAAGAUAACAUCCCACAAGUCGACGUGCUCCGUGUCCUGGGAGUAGUAUUUCAGAAGGAUGGUGCAGGGAUCGCCACAGUGCAAAAACUCCAAGAAACAGUCACACAAGUUACUCACCUAGUAAAACGGGUAACGAACAGAAACCACGGCCUCAAGGAGCAAGACACUUUGAGAAUCAUUCAAGCACUCGUCAUCAGCAGAAUAACGUACGGGACCCCGUAUCUGGGGCUCAAAAACAGCGAGCGCGAGAAGAUUAACACACUCAUUCGCAAGACAUACAAACUGGCCUUGGGGCUCUCCCCAACAACCUCCACAGAGAAACUACUCCGAUUGGGUAUACAUAACACAUGGGAAGAGCUGGCAGAAGCACACAAGGCGAGCCAGUUUGAAAGACUUAAAGGGAAGCAGGACGGGCAGGGACUGGGCUACGCAAUCGAAGACGAGUCAAGAAGUAAGCAAAGGAUUCCAUUACAACUAAGAGACAAUAUCACAGUUGCAUCCAUUCCUCGCAACAUGCAUCCAGAACACAACAAAGAACGACGAAUGGCAAGAGUGAGAGCACUGAGAAAGACCUACGAGAGAGACGAUGACCGCGUGCGGUACACAGACGCAGCGAAAUACAAGGGAAAGAAAGCACACGCGAUUAGCGUGGUAAACAACAAGGGAGAAGAAAUCGCGGCGGCCUCCGUGAGGACCCCAGACACGGACUCAGCAGAGGAGACAGCAAUCGCUCUUGCGGCGACGACAGGCAAGGAACUCCUCACGGUAAUAACAGACUCACAAGCCGCCUGCAGAAAUUACCAACUAGGCCGAAUAUCACGAUUGGCCCUCGAAACGUUAAAAAAAAAUCAAGAUCCCCCCGAAAUAGUCAUAGUCUGGACCCCAGGACAUGAAACCCUAGCGGGUAAUCUAGCGGCGCAUGCCGCUGCCCGAGAACACUCUCUCCGGGCUACCUCGCUGGGCGACCGUGCUCCAGCGGAUACAGACGAGGGCGUUCCAAAAAGAUACACCGACAUUCUAGCGCAUUACAGACUAGGGAGGAGAACCUACCCUCCCCCACACCCUACAAUAUCCAGAGAGGACGCCGUGACACUUAGACAGCUACAAACUAACACUUUCCCGCACGGCACAUUAUUUCACGCAAUGUACCCAACUCAAUAUGACUACGACUGUAAAAAUUGUCGAGUGCCUAACACUCUCUACCAUAUGGUAUGGGAG